AUGGAGUCUACAUACACGUGGGGAUAUGCAAGCUUCAGUGCUGCCUGCCAGACACACGGGGCCACAUCAUGGAGCAGCCCACCGCCUUAUGAAAGUUUAGAGCAAGGUCCUUCCCUGCCAAGGCACCAUGUUACUGCUCCACGAAAUGCCCAUAACUUGCCUAGCCCAUUGUCAGCACAGGAAAUCCCUCCCCUUUACUCUGGGUCUCAAGGUGGCAACCUUGGCUCUCCUUAUGAAACCAGAGACAGACAUGAACAUGAGGAGGGUGAGACCAAUAAAGAGGAAUGUACACUUGAGGUGCGAGGGUUCAACUGCGCAACGUCAGAAGAAACCAUUUGUAUGUUCUUUGAAAGUGAAAAGCGAUCUGGAGGGGGUGAAAUUGAAAGCUGUUAUGUGAAUCGUGAUGACAUGGUUAUCACGCUGGUUUUCAAGACGAAGAAAGUUGCUGAGAGGGUGCUGAAAAGACAAGAUUUGACACUGGCAGGUGCUAGUUUAGAAAUCAGCAAGCCUGUGCCAAAGACAGGAACUGUCCUCGCAUGUAACACGGUAAUGGUUACUGGCGUGAAACCGGAGAUGUCAGACGAGACAUUGGAGAUGUUCUUUGAGCAGGAAAAGAGAAGCGGUGGAGGACUAAUUAAGGAAAUGAAAAGAGAGUUUGAAAAAAAUUGCAUAUAUAUCGUCUUUGAUGAUGUAACAGUUGCCUCUCGAGUAGUGGACAGGGGAACAUUUAUACUGGAGGGAACAGAGUUAAAGGCGGUCUGGCGAGAGAACGAGGAAGAUUCGACUGGCAUAGAAACAACACAAGUUUCAGCCACGAUAGAAGUACAUGGGAUAAGGGCAGAGACUUCAGACGAGAAGAUUGAAAUGUUUUUUGAAAACAUGAAACGGUCGGGUGGUGGUGAUAUACAGCGGCUAGAGAGAAACCUGGAAAAGGGCGUUGUCUGGAUCACUUUCUGUGACCCAUCUGUUGCUUCACGUGUUCUUGGAAAGAGGGACAUUCUCUUUGAGGGUGCCCAGCUACAAGUAUGCAUGCCUAAGCCCCAGCAAAAAGAAGAGCUUUCUCACAUUGUCGAAGUCCACGGCGUGAAACAGGAGACAUCCACAGACACCGCUGAAAUGUUUUUCGAAAAUGAACGAAAAUCAGGUGGCGGAGAUAUUGAGCACAUGGAAAGGGAUGCUACUACAGGCGUUAUCAAAAUUACUUAUGCAGAUUCCAAAAUUGCCGAACGUGUCCUAGCCCAAGAAAACCUGAUUCUCGAGGGUGCACCAAUACGUGUCUGUCGGCCCCAGCCAGAUAAAGCAGAUGACACAGCUGGCAACAUAAUGCAGGAAGAUAGCAUGGUUAUCAAUGCAAUAGUGGUUCAUGGAAUACAUCAGACAACAUCUGAUGACACAAUCGAGUUGUUUUUUGAAAACAAACGGAAAUCUGGAGGUGGUGAAAUUGCAAAAUUGGAAAGGAAUCCCUUGACAGAAGAUGUGACAAUCACCUUUGUAGAUCCAGAAGUUGCUGACAGAGUAUUAGAAAGAGGUCUCCUCAAACUUGAAGGAGCCACACUGACCAUAUGCAGGCUGACACCACCAGAACCAGUCAGGUCCGUAGAAAUUCGCGGCUUUCAUCAAAACACCUCAGAUGACAGCUUAGAGAUGUUGUUUGAAAGUAAAAAACGCAGUGGUGGCGGUGAGAUUGAGGACAUCAACAUUGAUAGAGCAUCUGGUGUUGCUGUUAUUACCUAUAAAGACCAUGAAGGUAUUUUUUGCUUUUCCUUUUUUGACUGGGAUAAAUAA